AUGUCGCAAACUUGUUGCUGCGGGUGCUGCACGGUGGGCCAGGGAACGCUUACGAUCGGAAUUCUCAAUAUUAUCGGAGGCGUGUUCUCCAUUGCCCAGAAUUCCAUUGCGGUCCACUUGAUGAUCAACAAUCCUGACGAAUUUAAGGAUCCUGACUUUCAACAACAUCCCAGCCGCUACAUCACGAUCGGUUGCAUCCAGAUCUUCAUGGCGAUCGUGUUCUUCAUCUUGGCUUGCCUCAUGGUCCAUGGAUAUCGUAUGCGAAAUCACCGCCUCAUCAUGCCAUGGCUGAUCUGGAGCUAUGUGUCCCUUGUCAUCGGAGCUGUCGGGAUUGUGGUCGUGUCCAUCAUGAUCGCCAUCGCUGGACAAAUCGGCGUGGGUUUCGCUAUACUCGCUAUGGGUGGGUUAAUCCUGGCAGUGCAGACUUACUUUGUCCUCGUGGUGAAAAGAUUCGUCGACGAGUUGAAGGGAGGCGCGAUUUGUUAA